GCGGCGGGAGGGCCGGGCCGGCGUCCGGCUGAUACUGCUGGUGAGACAGGGCACGCCGCCGGGCGCGGGUUGGCGAGCUCGGCCGUGCCGUGCCGGACCUCCCCGAAGCGGGGGCGCAGCAGUGUCGGUUUGUCGCCCCGGGCAGACCCCCCACUCCUCCGCCGGGCCCGCAGGUGGCGGCGGAAGUGACGGCCGGCGUGGGGUGCCUGUCGCGGGGAAACAUGGCGCCUGCGGCCGUGCUAGGCAGCGCAGAAGCCCCCCGGCGUCUCCCUCCACCGCCGCCCCCGGCUUUAUGUUACACAGAGGCCCCUCUCUCUGCCGGUCCAGCGGGAGGAGCCGCGUCUUCAGCGCCGCCGCUGCCGAGAGGAAACGCAGAGUUAAAUGCAAAAGUAACUGAGUGAAUGUUGCAGUGCAAUUUAAGGUGAUUCAUGGCAGGGGACGUGGAAGGGUUUAGCUCCUCCAUCCAUGACACCAGUGUCUCUGCUGGAUUCAGAGCACUGUAUGAGGAGGGAUUGCUUCUUGAUGUCACACUUGUCAUUGAAGACCACCAGUUUCAGGCCCAUAAAGCACUGCUUGCCACCCAGAGUGAUUACUUCAGGAUUAUGUUCACAGCUGAUAUGCGAGAACGAGAUCAGGACAAAAUCCAUUUGAAAGGUCUGACAGCUACAGGCUUCAGUCAUGUCCUCCAAUUCAUGUACUAUGGAACUAUUGAACUGAGUAUGAACACUGUUCAUGAAAUCCUUCAAGCUGCCAUGUAUGUCCAGCUUAUAGAGGUGGUAAAAUUUUGCUGCUCUUUUCUCUUAGCUAAAAUCUGCUUAGAAAACUGUGCAGAAAUUAUGAGACUUCUGGAUGAUUUUGGUGUAAACAUCGAAGGAGUCAGGGAAAAAUUGGACUCCUUUCUACUAGAGAAUUUUGUGCCACUCAUGUCCAGACCUGACUUCCUAUCAUAUCUGAGCUUUGAGAAACUCGUGUCUUACUUGGAUAAUGAUCAUCUGAGCAGGUUUCCAGAGAUAGAGCUGUAUGAAGCUGUUCAGGCCUGGCUGCGCCAUGAUAGAAGACGCUGGAGGCAUACGGACACCAUCAUUCAGAACAUCAGGUUUUGUUUGAUGACACCAUCCAGUGUUUUUGAGAAGGUAAAAACAUCAGAAUUUUAUCGAUACUCCCGGCAGCUGCGACAUGAGGUUGACCAAGCCAUGAAUUACUUUCAUAGCGUUCACCAACAGCCUUUGAUGGAAAUGAAAUCGAACAAAAUUCGUUCUGCCAAACCCCAGACGGCAGUAUUUAGAGGAAUGAUAGGACACAGUAUGGUAAACAGUAAAAUUCUUCUCUUGCACAAGCCAAGGGUCUGGUGGGAACUAAACGGUCCUCAAGUACCUUUGCGACCAGACUGCCUUGCCAUUGUGAAUAACUUUGUGUUCCUGUUAGGUGGGGAAGAACUGGGGCCAGAUGGUGAGUUUCAUGCUUCAUCCAAAGUGUUUAGAUAUGACCCAAGACAGAAUACUUGGUUACGAAUGGCAGACAUGUCUGUUCCACGUUCUGAGUUUGCUGUUGGAGUUAUUGGGAGAUAUGUUUAUGCAGUAGCUGGGAGAACCAGGGAUGAAACAUUUUACUCGACUGAACGGUAUGAUAUUACUGAAGAUAAAUGGGAAUUUGUGGAUCCCUAUCCAGUCAAUAAAUACGGACAUGAAGGGACUGUGCUUGCUAACAAGUUGUAUAUCACUGGUGGAAUUACAUCGUCUUCAACUUCUAAGCAAGUAUGCGUGUUUGAUCCCAGUAAAGAAGGGACGGUAGAGCAGCGAACAAGGAGAACUCAAGUGGUCACUAACUGUUGGGAGAACAAGUGUAAAAUGAAUUACGCGAGAUGCUUUCACAAAAUGAUUUCCUACAAUGGUAAGCUGUAUGUCUUUGGUGGUGUCUGUGUGAUCCUGAGGGCCUCCUUUGAAUCUCAAGGAUGUCCUUCUACAGAGGUUUAUGACCCAGAUACUGAUCAAUGGACUAUAUUGGCUUCUAUGCCAAUUGGUAGGAGCGGUCAUGGUGUAGCUGUUCUGGACAAACAGAUAAUGGUUCUGGGAGGCCUUUGUUACAAUGGUCAUUACAGUGAUUCAAUUCUGACCUUUGAUCCAGAGGAGAACAAAUGGAAAGAAGAUGAAUAUCCAAGGAUGCCGUGCAAGCUGGAUGGCUUACAAGUCUGCAGCUUGCACUUCCCUGAAUAUGUUUUGGAGCAUGUUAGACGUUGCAGCUAAAACAGAAGGAACAACCCAAUGAAAUACAAAAAGCUGUACCUAAUCUGUCAACAAAUACAAACCAGUUUAACUCCUUCAAAGACAUUACCUUCUGUGUAAGAACAACUGCUAAAUGCAUAAGAGGAACAGGAUGUACAGGUUGUGUACUGACCAAGUUUGUUAGAAAAGCCAAUAGUUGGUCUGAUAUUGUAAAAGCUUUGGGGAUUUUUAACAAGGAUAAUUGUAAGUAGGGGAAAGAAAAAUAUAUUUUUGAGUGUGGUUAUGUUUUUUGUAACAUUGGAUGUCCAGAGUACUUUCUUCAUUUUUUUUCUUUUUAAAUGGCCAUCAUACCAAUAUGCUUCUGAAAUCAGUUGAGUUUGACAAAAUAUGUGUAGAAGAAAAAGAAGACUUUAUUUUGAUUUUUUUUUUUUUUUAUUGAGCACCAAAACAAGAUACAUCAUCUGUACCAGGGUACAACCAGGUAUAAAUUAACAAAACUAAACCAUUUCUGUAUUUUAUGUUGUCUUUUGGAUGCUUUUCCCAUUAGUUGCAAAAUAUUCUCAAAUCUACCUGGUGUUUUUGUUCUCCCUUACAUAUGUUGCAGAAUAAUCUUAACCCUUUUGCAUGACCUGUUUCCUGGUUUUGUAUAAUGGUACCAGUAAGUCUGCCAAAAUGCAAAUUACACAUUUUCUACUAAAUUGAAACAAAACAUUUUUAUAUCUGAAACACUAUUUCUAUGCUGCCUUCAAUUGUUUGCAUUGUGUUUGUUUGUGGGUAGAAAGUAUAUACACACACAUGCAUACAUUGUAAAAACUAUAUGUAAAUACAUCUUUUUAUGUGCAGUAACAAUAUUAUAUUUUAACUAGUGUACAGAUUCAGCCAUAUCUGUUGAAUUUAAGGUAUAGUACUGUCCUUUAAUGAGAUUAAUAAUUCAAAGUUCUUAAGUAACUGGAGGCCUCGUUUGGUAUAGAAAUAUCUUUAGUAUAUACUGAUUGAUUCAGUAACUUUAAACUCUUUCUAUCAAUGCUACAUAAUGAACUGUUGAUAAUCUGUUAUUUUAUGGAUUAAUUUUUAAAAAGUCAACACAUCUUACCUGAGUUUCUUUUAUGUUUGAGUGUGCUACCCAGUUUUCUUUUUUAGGAAAGUGGAAAAUGUCAAUAAGCAAAUGCUUGGCAGUGCUUUGACCUGCAAUUACUUUCAGAACUGGAUAUACUAUGGUGUAUUCUCAGUACUUUGCUUGUACUCAUUCUUCACUUCUUCCUUUGUACUCUUAUAAUUUUAAGUUAUUAUCUGAAUUAUCAACUGCUAUGAACUACUGUUUUGAAAAUAUGAAGUUAGGUGAUUGGAUGGUUAGUACUAUUUAUUUUUGUUUUACAAAAAAACCCUAUACACCUAUAGCUACUGAUCUCGGAGUGCCUGAAUUGAGAUGUGUGGUCAAAGAGGAGUUUGAGUAACUCCAUUGUGUCAACUUGCAGAUAUUACUGACAGUAGACUGGUAAGAAUGAUCUGCCAAGACAUAAAUAAUUACUUUCUGAUUACCUGAAAUGUCAUGAAAGUAGCCACUUCUAGAAUCUAAAGGAAUGAUUUGGAGAAGUUGAAGGCUCACACUUAGUUCAGAUAUGUAGAGGCAAAAUGCUGGAAUGUACACCUGCAUGUUUUGUAAAAUCUUAUGCUGCUGUAUUUUGCUUUAAGCAGUAGACUUUUAAUGCAGCAAUGCAAAACCACUUUUUUCAGCAUCUUCCAGUCAGAAAUCACUGUAGAAAGGAAUGUACGGUACUCAGGGAGUUCAAAAGAAUGCACUUACGAAGGGACCAAAAUCACCCUAAAUUUUCUGUGUUAAAAAUAACACCUACUUGCCUAAACCAAGCUUGAAAUAACUGGUAGAAUUUAAAAAGACAUAUAAAACUUCUCAUACUUGUAUUUUGAUAUUUUUGUAGUAAUUAUAUUCUGGGUUGAGAUAUGAGGAUUUGGAACUAUAUGGCAAGUUAGCAGAUUUUAAUUUUUUUUUUUUAACUAGAAAUCAUUUAUUGAAAGAGUAUUUUCUUUCCGUAUACUUUAACAGAAAGAGAGAAUGUAUACCAUCAUAACCGUAGUGAUAAGUUACUUACACCAGUACUGAUUGGACCAAGUAUUGAUAUCCAGCCUUCUGAUGCAGACUAGUUUGCAGUUAAGUUUAAGCCUUUUAAAAUAAAAAUAUAGUUUACUGAAUAAGAAAGCUAAUUUACUUUCUUAAUAGCUUGACUUAAAGCCAUUGUGGCUUACCUCAUUUACACUGUGAGACUUGUGUGUAUGUUACCCUGCAUGUGUGCAGAAAUAAACCGAGUCCAGUAGGUGCUGUUUGUGUGCAAAUAAAAAGGCUCUGCUGUACAUAGUACAUGGAAUAUUGGGGCACAAGAAAAAAACACAAGGCUUUAAAUCUAUUUUAUUUUUCUUUUUGUCACCAGCUCAUUUCUCAGUAAGUUUAUGGGGCAGCAAAGUCUACUCAGUCAUGCUUUAGAAGGCCUUAGCAGGCAUGCUAUGUAUAGUAUGGAGUACUUCACUUUCAUCUAGGACCAGUCUGGGGAAUAGAUGUGAUUCUGGAUAUCUGGUCUUCCAUGAUUCAGGUGUAAUAAAGAGAUGUGGCCAAGAUUUUAUUUAAAAUAAGGGUAACGAUGGCAGUGUCUAAAGUUACACUUUACAGUUUUCAUUUAAGCACUUUCUGAAGUUCUGUGUGCUAAGCAACUGCCUCAGGUCGUUGGUGAGUACUAACACUUGAAACAUGAAGAACCAGAUAAUUUUUUGGUGCUCUGUUUUUAAGUUCAUAUUUAUUUUCAGGUGCCCCAUUCUGAAAGAUCUUGUUCAGGAUGGUAAUAGUAAUUAUUCUGUGAAAUUCUGACUCGAACUGUUGCUUUCAGCUUCUCAGAAGCUGUUUCCCCAUCUAGAAGCUGGCUGUAACCUUGAGAAUUAGGAAUGAUUGGAAUUUGCUUGAGUUUAGGGAGUGUGGGGGUAUGUGAGAGUGUUUUGUUAAUUUACAGUUCUACCAUGCUUUUAUUGUUUCAAACAUGAAAUAUAAAACUAACUUAUGUUUUGUCUUCAGUUGCAGUGGGACUUUUGAGGCAGUUAUUUUUUGUUACUUUAUGUUUCGGAGGAUUUGGGGUUUUUUUUAAUUGAAAGUUUGUAUUUGUGUUUGCUUUUAGUAUUCCAAAUAAUUCAAUGUUUAAAUAAAAACAGAACUAAGCUGGGUAAUAAGAAUUGCCUGUUACUAUUAAGUAUUGAGCAUUAUGAUCAGAUUAAGAUAGGGUUUAAAAACAUUUCAAUGCCUCUCAUCUGUGACGGAAAAGCUAAGUUAGAAUCUUUGAUUAUUAGGUUUGGGAGUAUGGGUCAUCUUGUACUCCCAGCCCAACUGUGAUUGAAUUACCAGCAAAUCUAAUCUCACACACAUAUUUCAUACAUGACCUGCUUUUAAAGCAUACUUGCAUUUUCUUAAGAAGACGGACACAGCAAGUUACAUUCUGGGGUUGGGGUUUUUUUUCUUCACAUUUAUAGCAAAAAUAUAUCGGUUUCAUGUCUUAAUUUAGCAGCUAGCUCCAGGAGGAUGUUUUGGUUUCAGAUGAGCUAGAAUGGACAAAAAGCAUACUGUUCUUGUAAAGAGAUUGGACGCUGCUGGUUCCCACUCUGCAUGCUGCUAGUUUCGGGGGAAGGGAGUGUAGACAGAUUUUUUUUUUCCCCCCAAAAUAAUGCAUAAGGAAAUGAUAGCUCAUUUUUCCUCACAAAGUGUUGGUGGUAGUUUUGCAAUGGGAGAUACUAGGUGACAAUAAUCUGAAAUUUUUUUCCUCCCCAUUGACUCAGCUGGAGGAAGGUAUUACAGGAUUUUACAAAGGCUCUGCUAUUUCAGAAAGCGCUGCUAGCAAGAGAGCUAACUGCUAGUUAUUGGCAACAUAUGAGCUACCUGGGAACCUGCUUUCAUCACAUUACUUUCUUUUGAAAAGUGUGGAUGCCCUCUUUUUAGCACUAUGAUAGUGGUCCUGUUACAGCUGGUCUCUGAGGUUUGCAGCCAUUUUUUCUUGAGGAACUCCUGCCUUACAAACCUAAGUGCUGUGUUUUUUCAUGCUGAUGAUACAGUAACUAUUUGCAUCAGGGAAGAAGCUUCACUUGACACUCAGGAAGCAAAGGAUAAAAGUCAGCAGGUACAAAUUCAAACCGAUUUUAAAAGAAAAACAUUGAUUAACUCAUUAUGUUCAUUCUUGCACAAAAGAAAAGAAAGCAUUAUGGGGAGAUACUAGUGGCUCUUUAAAAAUAAGCGUCAAGCUUGCGUCAGCAUUUAUGUGAGAGUCUUUUUAGAAAUAGUUGCAUUUGCAGAGGUAUUUUGCCUUUAAGAUACUUUUUUUUUCCUUAUAAAAUAAAAAGGUAGUGAAUACUUCAAACGUAUACAUCACAUACAUGAACAGUCCAGUAUAAAGAAAAUGGAAAACUGUAAGGUACUUGGAAACAUAAAAGCACAAUUGUUGUUAACCUUGUGCUCAAGUGAUUAUAGGGUUGUGGGCAUCAAAUGAAACACCCAUCCUGUUCUCCUAUUAAUGAAAAUAUAGCUGGUGAAGUUACUUGAAUAAGUGUGGCCCAUCACAUGUGUUAGGGCCCACUGAAGGAGAGUGGGAAAGAACAUAACUGCAAAACAUGUGCAAUCUAUUUAAAACAAAGCUUGCUGGUGUCCUGUAGUGUACAUUUUGAGACUUUAAUGUUUGUAAAAUCUGGAGCUGCUUAAAUUAAAUAUAAAUGACUACUUUUGCAUCUGUAUUCUAUUUUCAAAAGUUGGUAACUUUAAAAUUUCCAUUUGUGUGGCAAAACUUCAUAAAACAUGGUUAUAUGUGGCAGGUGGCAUAAAACUGACUUGUUUUGAGCACAGCUUCCCUGGAUUUCCCUCUGCUAAUGUUUUUUUUCUCUUCCCAAAUUUCAAUUAAUGUUUAUAUAAGCUUUCAAAAAUAACUUUCAAAGAUCAAUUUCAAAUACCUUUGGAUUUAUAUUAAGUAGGUAGCUAGGGGAAAACCACUUCUAUUUGCAGAUGGUAGUUUUUGUUUAUGGCUCUGGUAGAAAACUUUGUUGUAAAUCUAGGAAACACAGUGUUAUGUACGAGUAUGAGGUUAGCUAUGUUUAGGGGGCUUUUAUUACCUCAGUGGGACUCGCCUAACUUUAAUGUCUGUUCUGGGAGCAGGUGAAGGGAAAACUGAACUAUGUUUUUAUUUUAAAUAUUUUCCCUAGAUAUUUUUGUAGCUCUUUUAAAAAUAAAUUAUAUGCUGGAGACUGCAAUUCCACUAUAGUAUCUCACUCAAUUCCAGGGUACAAUAUCAGAUUGUUUGUUUUGAAAAGAAUGUAUUUGGUAAGUAUUUGGUAAGUUAACAGGAAAAGUUAUUUUCAAACUGCCGUGUUUGUGUGUAGCAAUUGGAAAUACUUUUCCUGUAGAAAAUGAAAAUGAUGUGUAUAUGACUUCAUAUGUACAUUUGGAUUAACUGUCUAAUGAUUACCCCAGGGGUGCUAUAAACUUCUCUAAAAAAAUUUAAGAAAUGCCUCUUUUUUAACUGUUUUAAAGCCUUUGUUCAUGUCUCUUUUUUUUUUUCUUUUAUUUUUUUUGUCAGAAAGUAAUUUUCCCUAGCUAUGAAUGCAGUUUGUUCAGACUUGGAUAUGUGCUCUGUUUGAUUCUUAAACUGAAAAAAAUGUAUAAAAUGUGU